AUGUCGUCGAUUACGAGUAGUGUAUCGGAAAAUACGAUCAAACUCGAUUAUCUCGGCUCGCCAGCAUCACAUAUUGCUCGGCCCUAUUCCGCUGCACCAAGUGAUCUUGAUACAAAAUCUGUCGGUUCGAAAUCAGUCGGUUCACGUACAUCAAAAUUAACCUACAGCGAAUAUCCUCAAGUCAGACCGACUAAUCCACUUUACUCGAGUACAUUCACAAUUCGAACUUUGUCAUCGGGUAUCUCCAAUGUAUCAAGUACAGCAACGGUGGUUGAACGUCGAAAAAAGUUCGAUCCACAAUUACCGAAACGUCCGAGUGAUUGGCGUUGGUUUGCUGCUCUCUGCAUUUUUCUUUUUCCACCAACAGGUUUGUUAGCAUUUGGUCUUGCUCGCAAAGCACAAAUGAAAUGCAAAGAUGGUUUUCUUGACCAGUCGCGGAAACUAAAUAAACGAGCUUUAGCUUUAUGCAUUACGAGUGUCAUAUGUGGUGUUGCAUUGAUGCUUGGCUUCUUCUAUGGUCUCGAUUCAUGGCCACGUACAAAUGAUUGGAAUCGUGAUCUUAUAGAUUGUCUCAUGGACUCGAAAAAUAGUAGUUCAGAUUCUCGGGGAUAUAACAACGAACCAUUUAACUGCAUUAGCGUUGAUCAACGAGCGUAUGAUAUGAUAUCUACAGCAAACAAUUCAUUCUAUUCGUCGUCGAACGACACAAAACAAUCUGUCUUCACCAAACUACUCUGCACGCUUCUGUCUUAUAAAACAAGUCACUCGAGCUUUAAUACACAACUGAAUAGUAUGGAUCUAUUUUUAAAUGUCCUUUCCCAUCUACAGAUACGUUUUUAUCAAGGAUAUCAAUCUCAAUCAAAUGAUUGUACUCCAACCGCUGUUUUUCAAAUUGUAACGAAAGAAACGAACACGAUUUCGAUUGAGAGUGAUCCAUCGUUUGACUUUCAAUUUGAAGCUUGCUACGAAUGCAACGGUCAAUUUUAUCCACAUCCUUACCGACUUCAAAGCAACGUGAAUCGUUCCGCUCAUUAUACAUUAGGAGACGAAAGGUUGCAGUCAGUCGUUUAUGAAAUUUCAUUAUUUUUGGAAUUGAAACGAUUACGAGACUUUGAAGAUGAUGACUUGAGACGAUAUUAUCAAACAAUUGAUAGUACUGUUGAUCAGGAUGAAGAAGUUCGAGAUUUUCAUGACGUAUAUAUUAAUUUGCAUUACAUGAUCAACGGAGAACGUUCAUUCUAUCGAUGUAAUAACGGUCGAUCAAUCCAGUUACCAACACUUGUACCAAAUCCAUGGACAUCGAAGAAUACAUUGACUCGAUUCAGAUACAAAGCAGAACAACGUGAAGGUGCAUUGCAAUGUGAAAUGAAGUUGCGUCUCGAAGAUAUUGCUAAGCUACAAUCUUUUCGAAUUGUUCUUUGUCUAACAAGUAAUACCAUUCCAGCACGAAUGGAUUACCAUGCUCUUCGUUGGACUUGCAAAUUGAAAACAAAAGUAGGAAGACAAAGUGGAGCAUCAGCACGUACUACACUUAGGGAAACAGUACUCUAUUUAAGUCAUCCAUCUGGUAUUAUCGUAGCGAAUGUUUAUGGUUCAGAAUUGAUAUUCACACCAAAAUCGCUUGAUUCAAUCAAUCGUUCUAAUUAUGUCAGAUCUUAUUGUGAACCAAAAGAUUUCCAGAAAAUUUUACAAGAUUCUGAUUUGAAAGACAAUGGUGCAUUAGCUGUUCUAGUUACUAAAGGAACAGAAUAUCCAGAAUAUAUGAGAAGUCGUCGGAAAAGUCCGAAUAUUCGACGAUAUCUACCUUUUAGUGAACUCGAUAACCUUGAACGUAAUUUAGGAGGAAGUAAUAAUGAUAUUAUAAAAAUUCUAAAAUCACACAGAGAACAACGUGGGAAACAACUGGUUUUCUUUAAUAAUGAUACUAAACGAACUUACAGUCAAGCACAUGUUCGAAUGUAUGUCGCUGCUUAUGAUGAAAAUGAUAUUUUAUUAGCUGAAACAUUACAUCCACCACUACGGAAUAGUAAAGCAUUUGAAUCCUUGCGUAUCAUGCGUAUUGUGCAACCUAGGCGUGAAUUAAGAGCUAAAGACUCGGCCUAUGUUUACUGCAAUUAUGAUUUCAAUCAAUCGAAAACAGAUUAUGUAUCAUGUCCUUUUCAGUUUGAAUUAGUAUUCAUGUCAUUCUCAAAUACACCUGAUGACGGACAACUUUUGAAACUAUUUGAAAAACCACACGUUUGUGCCGAAGCUCACUAUGUAACUGACUGUCCAUGUUUGCUACAAUUUACAAUUCCGAACGAACCGAACUUCCAUGAACAUCGAGUUUUUAUUCGUCUACGACAUACGCAAUCUAAUGAUUAUAAUUCAAGUUCAAUAUCGCUGACUGGAAGAGAAUGUUGGAUAUACUAUGCCGACUCGAUGGCGAUUACUGACUUGAGUACAUUACAAAUGCUAUCAGGCAUCAACGAUUCAUCGACACACAAUGCAUCAUCAUCAGAUCAUGUCAUUGAAUUACAGAUUCAAUCUAAUAGCAAUACUUUAUCACAGGAAGAUCUUUCGCAUAGUCCACAAGAGAGUGAUGAAGAGUUUAUUUAUCCCAGUGCGACACUCAACACACCGGAUCCAAAUUUACCACGAGUGAAGCGAUUUGCCUAUACGUCGGUGCUUCCCUAUGAACAUGAUUCCGAUUAA